CGUUCAGCGCGACACUGCGUGCGCGCGCACGCGGAGGGCCGGCGGUGCGCUUUACGGUGGCUGCGUCAGUGCGUGACGUUCGUCCGCAUUCUCAGUUCACACGUGGCGCGCGCCGAGGCACGUUGUUUCUCCUGUCUCUGCUCUCUGGACAAGUUCCACAACCGCCAUGAAGCGGCCGAAAUUAAAGAAAGCAAGUAAACGCAUGACCUGCCAUAAGCGGUAUAAGAUCCAAAAAAAGAUUCGAGAGCACCAUCGAAAAUUGAGGAAAGAAGCUAAAAAACGGGGUCAUAAGAAGCCUAAGAAAGACCCAGGAGUUCCAAACAGUGCUCCCUUUAAGGAGGCUCUUCUUCGGGAAGCUGAGCUGAGAAAACAGCGGCUUGAAGAACUCAAACAGCAGCAGAAACUCAACAGGCAGAAGGAACAAGAAAAGAAAAGAAAAGUUGAAGCUAACCCUGAUGUUAAGCCAUCUGAUGUGGAACCUGUGAAGGAGGAAUCCGAGCAGUGCAAAACUAACAACAGAACCAAGUCUGUUAAACAGAGCCCAAAGAAGUUAUAUUGUCAGGAACUUAAAAAGGUGAUUGAAGCCUCAGAUGUCGUGUUAGAGGUACUGGAUGCCAGAGAUCCUCUUGGUUGCAGAUGUCCUCAGGUAGAAGAAGCCAUUGUCCAGAGUGGACAGAAAAAGUUAAUACUUGUAUUAAAUAAAUCAGAUCUGGUACCGAGAGAGAAUUUGGAGAGCUGGCUAAAUUAUUUGAAGAAAGAAUUGCCAACAGUGGUAUUCAGAGCUUCGACACAUCAGAAGGACAAAAGGAGUAAAACCAAGGUAAUGAAGAAAGCUGCUCCAUUUAAGAGUAAAGUCUGCUUUGGAAAAGAAGGACUUUGGAAACUUCUAGGAGGUUUUCAGGAGACAUCUGGCAAAUCUAUUCAGGUUGGAGUAAUUGGUUUCCCAAAUGUGGGGAAAAGCAGCAUCAUCAAUAGCUUAAAACAAGAAAGGAUAUGCACCGUUGGUGUAUCCAUGGGACUUACAAGGAGCAUGCAGGUUGUCCCCUUGGACAAACAGAUUACAGUCAUAGACAGCCCAUGCCUCAUUGUCUCUCCACUGAACUCCUCCGCUGCACUUGCUCUGCGAAGUCCAGCAAGUAUUGAAGCAGUAAGGCCAGUAGAGGCUGCUAGUGCCAUCCUUUCCCAGGCUGACACUCGACAGGUAGUACUGAAAUACAAUGUCCCAGACUAUAAGAAUUCACUGGAGUUUCUCACUAUGCUUGCUCAGAGAAGAGGUCUGCACCAAAAAGGGGGAAGCCCAAAUGUUGAACGUGCUGCUAAACUGCUAUGGUCUGAGUGGACAGGUGCCUCUUUAGGUUACUAUUGCCAUGCCCCCACAUCCUGGACUCCUCCUCCACAUCUUAAUGAGAGCAUCAUGGCAGACAUGAAAUGGGGCUUUAAUCUGGAAGAACUGGAAAAAAACAACGCACACAGCAUACAAGCCAUCAGAGGUCCUCGUUUAGCCAAUAGCAUCCUUUUCCAGUCCCUGGGUCUGACAAACGGGGUAACAGAGGAAAAGGAUAUACCUAAAGGAUUGCCAAAACCAAAACAGAAGAAACAGGAGGAAAAGGAGGAGGACGAAGACAUGAACAGUGACCAGGAAAGUGUGGAUGCAGAAGUGGACGAGAGGGCUUCAAACACAUCCCCUGCAGAAGAGACGUGGGUGGCACAGCCUGAAGAGUCCGUACCAGGUAACCAGUCUGGAAGAUCUUUUAUCUUGGAUAAAGUGACUGAAGAGGAUGAUGUUUAUGACUUUAGUACAGAUUAUGUGUAACACAACCAUGUCCACUUAUAAAGGGUAUUUAACAUUUUAAACAGACUGCUACUGUUAAACUGUCCUAUGUGUAUAACAUAGUUGUUUGUUACAGUAUGAUAAAAGCUAUGUGAAUUCUGUAAA